AGGAAGAUAAACAGCCCAGCCACCACAGCAAGCAAGCAGACUUUGGAAAAUCGCAGACAAACCAGACUAGGGACAACGCUAUCCUCCGGGAAUAACGUUAGAAGUGUGCAAAAUUACUUUACUUGUAUCACAGCCGGGGAUAACGUGCGUUUACCAAGAUAGACUAGCUACCGAUAUUCGAAAGUUUUCAAAUUUAACGCAAUUUUGUGACAUCAAGCUGUUGCUAGAACUAAACUGAAAUUCUGUUGCUAGCAUAGUGCUAGCUAGCUAGGUAACGUUAACGUUAAUAUCGCCAGCAAACUUCGGUUGCUGCCAAAUACGUUUUAUUAGGCCAGCGUUAUACAACUUUGUGUUUCUGGAGACGCCGUAUCGAAGCGAAAAUGGGUGAAUCUUGUGGACAAACACGUUCAGGCUAUGAACGACUGACAGCAGAGGAGAUGGACGAGCAGCGAAUUCAAAAUGUGGCAUACCAGUAUUUGUGCCGGUUGGAGGAAGCAAAGAGGUGGAUGGAGGCUUGCCUCAAUGAAGAGCUUCCUGCUCCCACUGAGCUUGAGGAGGGGCUUAGGAAUGGAGUGCUACUGGCAAAGCUGGGAAACUGUUUUGCCCCAAAAGUAGUACCUGUGAAGAAAAUCUAUGACCUGGACCAGGCACGAUACAAGGCAACUGGGCUGCAGUUCCGUCAUACAGACAACAUCAAUUUCUGGCGCAAUGCGAUGGUGGAAGUUGGACUACCAUCGAUGUUCCACCCAGAGACCACAGAUAUCUAUGAUAAGAAGAACAUGCCCCGAGUUGUUUAUUGUAUUCAUGCCCUCAGCCUCUACCUUUUCCGUUUGGGUCUGGCUCCUCAGAUCCAUGACCUUUAUGGCAAGGUCAAGUUCACAGAGGAGGAGAUCAACAACAUGAAAAAGGAACUGGACAAAUACGGCAUUCAGAUGCCAGCUUUCAGCAAGAUUGGUGGAAUACUGGCCAAUGAGUUAUCUGUGGAUGAGGCUGCUGUGCACGCUGCUGUGAUUGCCAUUAACGAGGCUGUGGAGCGAGGCUGUGUGGAGGAAACUGCUCAGGCUCUGACGAACCCCAACGCCAUGCUGACCAACCUCCAAAAGCAGCUGAUGGCCAUCUACCAGGAGAUGCUGCGACAGGCUCGCUCAGAGAAGGCUGCUCAGGCCUAUGUCAAGAUCAAUGGAUCGCAUGAAAAGGACAUUUACGAGGAGUAUCUCACCCAAGGUGAAAUCCAGGACAACAUAAACAGAGUGAAUGUGCGUGCGGCGGUGGAGCAUGUGGACGAGGCUAUGGAGUGUGCCGACUCCCUGGUCCUCCUGUCCGCUCUGCAGGCUCCGUGCCUGGGCCUCAAGGGCCUGCUCCGAGACAACAGCCCCUGGUACCUGGAGCAACUGGUCAGCGACCGUGAGCAGAAGGCUCUGGACAUAGGCUCUGUUGAGCCGCUGGACCGUGACGAACUGCAGGAGGGGAUCACGGUGGCUAACGAAGAAGCCCAGCGCUCCCAAACAGUGCAAAAGGCUAUUGUGAAAAUCAAUGAGGCCCUGCAGCGAGGGGACGCCCGUCAAACUGUGCGUGCUCUGAUGGACCCUGAUGCCCAGCUGCCAGAUGUCUACCCUUUUGCUGCUGACCUGUACCAACGAGAGCUGGCCCCUCUUCAAGAACAAUGCCCUGAGGCUGAGCUGCAGCAGGAGGAGCUGUUUGUGGCUGUGGAGAUGCUCUCGGCUGUGGCUCUCGUCAACCAAGCCUUGGAGGCCCGUGACCUGGGGGCCUUUUGUGCCACUCUGGUCAGCUCUGCAGCUGGUCUGGCAGACAUCGAUGACAGCCUGAUCCAGAGGUAUUUCGAAGAGCUAUGCGACUUGAAGAAGAAAUCCGGCAGGGCUCUGCUGACGUGGAAUGACCUGCAGGGUGGCCUCAACGCCGUCAAUAAUGCCGCCCAGGAGGAACAUGACCAGAUCCUGACCAUCGGCAUCAUUAACCAGGCCCUGUGCCGCAGCGACCCACAGAAGACUUUGGCUGCGCUCUUGCUGCCCUCUAGUGGUCUGGAAGAAGUGCAGGCAGGGACUGCCAGGCGCUAUCAUGAUGUUCUGAUCAAAGCCAAGAAGCGCAAGGCAGAGAUGAGCAGAGACCCUGCUGCUGAGCUAUGGUUGGCUGACAUCCAGGAUGGGGUGCGUCUGGCCAAUCAGGACUCUAACAGAGCUCUAAAAAUGUGCCUGGGCCUGGCAGCGGUCAACCAGGCAGUGAAGGAGGGCAAACCGGCCCAGACGCUGCGGGUGCUCCGGCUACCUGAGGUGUCUCUGAGGAGCAUGCUGGACCAAUGUGCCGCUGCCUACCAGACCGAGCUCACAGCCCUGCUCCGUGCCAAAGCCGUCGGAGGUGAUAACCGAAGCCCUUGGAUUCGGACCAAGAUCCAGGAUGGCAGCUCCUAUUACUUCCACCUGCAGAAGCUGGAGGGCACCUGGGACAGGCCACAGGGUUUCGUGCACAACAGCAUGUUCCUGGCCCACGAGGAGAUCCAGGCCAUUCUGAACAGUGUGACCUCAGCCCACAGUAGGGAAGCACAGUGGAAGGCCAGCAGUCACCUGGUGGUGGCGCUGCAGGCUCGAGUCCGAGGCUUCCUGGUCAGGAGGAAGCUGGCAGAGCGCCUCCACUUCCUCAACACCCACUUGCCUGCCAUCGUCACUAUCCAGUCUCACUGGAGAAGGUUCCUUCAGCAAAGGGCCUAUAAAGAGAGGCUGCAGUAUCUCUACCGCAACUGGAGGGCUAUUGUCAAGAUCCAAGCCACUGUAAAAAUGUGGCUGGCCCGCAGGAAGUAUCUGGCCCGGAUGAGGUAUUAUAGGAGACAUGUUGGUGCCAUCAUAAGGAUCCAGGCCUUUGUCAGAGCCAACAAGGCUCGUGAGGAGUACAGGAUGCUGGUCCACUCCACCACCCCUUCCUUGUCUGUGGUGCGCAAGUUUGCCCACUUGCUGGAGCUGGGCGAUAACGACAUCCGCCAGGAGGGGGAGCUGCUGCGCCAGCGGGAGGAGGUGGUGCGCACCAUCCGCUCCAACCAGCAGCUGGAGACCGACCUGGACAUCAUGGACCUGAAGAUCGGCCUGCUUGUCCGCAAUAGGGUCACCCUGCAGGAGGUGGUGUCCCACUGCAAGAAGCUGACCAAGAAGAACAAAGAGCAGCUGGCAGACAUGAUGGACCUCAACAAGCACAAGGGCCUGAAGUCUCUGAGCAAAGAGAACAGGGAGAAGCUGGAGGCCUACCAGCACCUCUUCUACCUGCUCCAGACGCAGCCCCAAUACCUGGCGCAACUGAUCUUUCUGAUGCCCCAGAACAAGUCGACCAGCUUCAUGGAGGCGGUCAUCUUCACCCUCUUCAACUACGGAUCGGACUGUAGAGAGGCUUACCUCCUGCUCCAGCUCUUCACCACUGCCCUGCGCCACGAGAUCAAAGUGAAGGUGGACCAGCCUCAGGAGGUGGUGACUGGAAACCCCACCGUCAUCAAGAUGCUGGUCAGCUUCUACCGGCACGCCCGCGGCCAGAACGCCCUGCAGGACAUCCUGGGCCCAGCCAUCAGGGAGGUGUUGCAGGACCGCUCCCUCAGCAUCCGCACCGACCCCGUGGAGAUCUACAAGACCUGGAUCAACCAGACAGAGACCCAGACUGGCCACAAGAGCAUGCUGCCCUAUGAGGUGAGUGCAGAGCAGGCUCUCGGUCACCCGGAGGUGCAGCAGCGCCUCGACAUCACCAUCACCAACCUCAAGACCCUCACCGACCGCGUGCUCAACGCCAUCACCAGUAACCUGCACAAGCUACCUUAUGGCUUGCGCUACACUGCCAAAGUCCUGAGGGAUGCGCUGCAGGAGAAAUUUCCUCAGGCCAGUGAGGAGGAUCUUUAUAAGAUUGUGGGGAACCUGGUGUACUACCGCUACAUGAACCCAGCGGUGGUGGCGCCGGACGGCUUCGACGUGGUGGAGUUCUCGGCAGGCUCCGCCCUGCUGCCGGACCAGCGGCGCACGCUUGGCUCCAUCGCCCGCGUGUUGCAGCAGGCUGCCGCCCUCAAGCAUUUCCAUGGCGACAGCUCCCAUCUGCGCGCCCUGAACGACUACAUCACCACCACUCACGCCAAGUUCAGGAAGUACCUGAAAGCGGCCUGUGAUGUGCCAGAACCGGGCGAGCGCUUCAGCAUCGACGAGUACUCCGAGAUGGUGAUCCUCAACAAGCCACUCAUCUACAUCUCCAUCAGCGAACUCCUCAACACCCACAAGCUGCUUCUAGAGCACAAGGACUCGCUGUGCCAGGACCCUUCUGACCCUCUGCUGGAGCUGCUCAGAGACGUUGGGAAGGUGCCCUCUGUUCAGGCCAUCAUUGGAGAGGGGGUGGUGAACGCUGGAGAUCCCAACAUGGAGCAGACCCUGGCCCAGUACAGCAAGCUGGAGGUUUCCCUGACCCUCACCAGCAAAUUCGACGUGUUCAAAAGCACGGAUGACCGUCCUGAUGCCAAAGGCAUUCUCCUUAGCACCAAGCAGCUGAUCAUCGACGUGAUCCGAACCCAGCCUGGGGAAACCCUGAGUGAAGUGCUGAGAGCUUCAGUCUCCAAAGACCAGGAGGCGCAGCACGGCUGGAUGAUGCACCGGCGGGCCCAGAGGGACGCUCGCACCCCUGAGAAGAUGAAACGCAACCAGUCCCUCGUCGCCGACGGCAACCUGUCCCUGGAGGAGAAGAAGAGGAAGAUCCAGCGCAGCCUGCGCAGGCUGGAGGCACUCGGCGUUCUGACACCCCCCGACUCUGAGAACCAGAUCCUGCAGCUCAUCGCUAAGGACAUCCGGCAUCAGCGGCUGUACCGGCAGCGGCGCCAGGCCGAACUGGUGAAGCUGAAGCAGACGCUGCACAGCCUGCACUGCAAAAGCUCCUUCCACAGCGAGCAGGUGGACUACUACAGCCAGUACAUCACCACCUGCUUGCAGAACCUCACCGUCAAGAACGGAAAGGUGAAUGGGAAGAAGGCUGCAGACAGCAAGGGGAAGAAGAGCAAGCAGCCGGCUCUCACCUACACCGCCGCACGUCUACAUGAGAAGGGUGUGCUGCUGGAGAUCGAGGACCUGCCCGUCACCCAGUUCAAGAACGUGAUCUUUGACAUUGUUCCUGGCGAGGAGGGGGGCACAUUCCUGGUGAAGGCACGCUUCAUGGGGGUGGAUAUGGAACGCUUCCCGCUGAAAUAUCAGGAUCUUCUCCAGCUGCAGUAUGAGGGUGUUGCUGUGAUGAAGAUGUUUGACAAGGCCAAAGUCAACGUCAAUCUGCUCAUCUUCCUACUCAACAAAAAGUUCUUUAAGAAGUGAGCCAAGGUGCUGUCACCAUGAUUGGUUGAUGUAAUGACUGCACAAACACUACCAUGUUUUACUACUCCAUAACCGACACAGUCUAUUUAGAUAUUGGCACAAUAUGACUUUAUAACUAUCGCAGAGGCAUUCACUUAUGUAGGGAGCAUAUUUUAUACUUGUUCUUCCAUCUUUUUUUUUUUUUUUUUUUUAUUAUCUUAAAACUCCAGUUGCUUUUGUACUUGCUGGUCCAACCUCUGCCUAUUAUAGAUGGCCAGUUUAACAGGUACAUACACUCUCGCCACUAUCAUUUAAGCCUAGCCAACAGGGAUGCAAAGAAAUUGUAUCACUUUAUAUCACUUGUAUUGUAUGCUAUGACAACUCCUGAGAAUGACAACUCCUGAGAAAUCGUUUUACGAAGUUGAUUUUAACACUUGAAAGGGAAAUCAGUAACUGUUUUUUACUGCCCACUUGUUUUUGUUUAUAAUACAUUAAUGUCAAUGCCCCUUUAUAUACAGUAUUUAAUCAUAUAUAUGAUGCCUGCGUUGAUGCUUUCAGUGUGAUUGUGUCGUCAUUCGUUUGGCCUCCAUUUUAAAGCUCUGACCAGCACCUCAUGCAUUAUUUAUGGUGCACACUUAAAUAGAACACUCCAGACAGCUCGUAUUAUGCUUACAAUCAGAGGUCCUGUGUCACCCGGCAGCUCCCAUUUUACUCACGGUGGCCUUGUAACUCAGGCAGACACCAUGGCACCGAGGUAACUUCCAAACCCACAGCGGUCUGCCAAAAUGGCCUUCAGCAACUAAAAGAAAUUGCCCGUCCUUGAACUAGCUGUAUAGACAGGUAGCAUAGACAGUUCUUAGAAUGUCAAAAAAUUUUAGUAAAGUUUGCUGUUCGGUACAUGAAUAAGACGUUUUUAGAAUAGUGGCAGAUCAAAUGGCUGGCUGAGUUAUGUGCCCCAUUGUGCGAGGCCCCCUAUUGCCUUUUCAUGCUGUCUUUUUGCCGAUGAAAGGUAGUUUCUCCACGGCCAGUCUGCCUUUAUUGCAGCUCGUGGCAUGCUAGAUUCCUCAUUAAUUACAGGCUCCAGCAUGUAUUGUUUUGAGACUUUGCUCAGGCUGAUAAGCAGUUCUAUUUUUGAAGCACAUUAUUUUCAGCGCAGAAAGUUUUGAAACUCCAGUGGUCUGACAAUGGCAACUUUGCUGGACCACCUGCAUUGGCCAUUAUGUACAUAUUUUCUAUCCUUUACUCUCCUAUCCAAUUUCCCCAAGACACCUCUCUCAUUUAAAUGUCGAUUUGUAUGUUCUUUUCUUUCAUCUCUGUGUUAUUUAGCUGUUGUCUUUUCCUUGUACUUCUGCUUCCAAACUGUAUGGAAACCCAAAUUAUACUUCAAGGAACAUAACAUUUAUAUGUUUUUAUACUGUUUUUUAAAUGUAAUCUCUUCAGGGUAUGAUGGGGCAUUUUGAAAACCCUUCAUAAAUUUCUAUUUUUUUUCCAUCAAAGAUCCAUGUUUAUCAUGCCCUGAUGUCCUAUAAUGUAAUAAAUAUCUAAAUGAUUCAGCCAGUAAACUAAAAA